AUGGUCAAACUCGAGCAGAACGGGGCGGCAGCAGGCCAGCCGUACAAGCCCACCACCAUGUUUGACGACGAUGAGCCGGAUGCGGAGCUGGACUCCAUCCUGCGCAUGACCUCCAGCACCCACCCUGCCUCGCUCAGCUUUGAGAUGGAGGUGCAGCAGCACAAGCAGCCGCGAGCCAAGUGGUACCAUGCCGCCUUCCACUCCGUCUGCGCCGUCGUCGGGGCAGGUGUGCUGGGCCUGCCCUACGCCAUCUCCUACCUGGGGUGGGCCGGGGGCCUGAGCGUGCUCACCGCCCUCACCCUGGCCUCCAUGUACACCUCCUACCUCCUGGCGGCGCUGCACGAGGGUCACGACGGGCGGCGGCUGAACGACUACCAGGCCAUGGGCCGCGCGGUGCUGGGGCGGCGGGUGGCCGCAUGGACUGUGGCCCCUGUGCAGAACGUGCUGCUGGUGGGCCUGUGCAUCACCUACUCCGUGGCGGCGGGGCAGAGCCUGAAGGGCCUGCUGGGCGCGGAGUGCGCGGGCGCGGGCUGCGCGGCCGGCAUCACGCCCUGGAUCCUGGGUUUCGCGGCGCUGGAGCUGGCCGCCAGCCAGCUCCCGGACAUCCACGCCAUCUGGUGGGUCAGCCUGAUCGGCGCGGCCAUGAGCCUGGCCUACACCGCCAUCGCGGGGGUGGUCAGCUGCGUGGACGCCGCGCGUGGGGCAGGGCAGGGCCGGGAACCGGGCCCCGGCCGCGAACAGAGCGCGGCUGACGCCGUGUUUGGGGUCCUGAAUGCACUGGGCUCCAUCGGGUUCACCUUUGGCGGGCAGGGCGUGCUGCCCGAGAUCCAGGCAACAUUAGCGGUCCCCCCCGGGCAGCCCUCCACGCUGCGCCCCAUGAUGAUCAGCGUGGGCGUGGCGUACAUCGUGGUCAUCGCGGCCUACUACAGCGUGGGCGUGGGCGGGUACGCGGCCUACGGCACGGCCGUCGCACCGGACGUCCUGCUCAGCCUGGGCGGCCCCGUGUGGCUGCGCCGCUGCGCCAACGCCGCGGUGGUGGCCCACAUGGCUGCCGCCUACCAGGUCUUCGCGCAGCCCGUCUUCGCGCUGAUGGAGGGCGCGAUCGCGGCGCGGCGCCGCCCCGCCGUCGCGGCCGUCGGACCCUCGGUCGCGGCGCCGGCGCCUCAUUCUGCCGCCGCGACGCCGCGAGCGCUGCGCCUGGCGGUGCGCAGCGGCUUUGUGGCGGCCGUCACGCUCGUGGCGGUGCUGGUGCCCUUCUUCGCUGAGGUCAUGGGCAUCAUUGCCAGCCUGGGCCUCAUCCCCAUGACCUUUGUGCUCCCCUGCGUCAUGUGGCUCGUCUCCCAGCAACCGCGCGGCGCGGAGCGCGCGCUGAACUAUGCCAUCGCGGGCGGGUGUGGCGUGCUGGCCAUCCUGGCACUGAUUGGCAGCACCCGCAAUGUCAUCGUCCAGCUCAAGCUCAAGCACGGCUGA